AUGUCCGAGCUCGCUCUCUCACCCAAGACCAACCGCAAACUUUCCUUACAAACUUAUCUCGUAUCUUUGCCAGAGUGGACUAGUACAACACGUCUGGUCUCACUCUACUCUGAAUUCGACAAGCUCAAAGAGACUAAUCCUUAUGGGUAUGAGGCUAAUAUCAACUGGUGGCGCUCUGUUAUUUUGGGCGCGGCCCGGAACGGGUUCCUUUCCAAUUACCAAUCUUUUUCGCCAGUACUCUCUCCGCGUUAUUUGCAGCAAGAUCCCAUAGCAUCAGGAAGCUCGUCCAGAUCCAAUCCUACUUAUGAAGCCACUGGAAACGCAAUUGGUAUUCUGGAACUCGAUCUGGACCAGUUGGGCAUUAAGUUUCAAAAGAAUGGAAGGCGGCCAAGCUCGCUUCAAGCAGUUAUGACAGAGAUGACGAGGUUGGGCGAAGUUGUGCCACGGUCCGAAUUUUUGCCUUGGGCAGGGGUUGGCUGGACAGGUUGGGUCUUUCAUAAGGUUGUCAAGGCUCCGUUACUAUGGAGCUUAAAACAGCUGAGCCUGUCGGAUUCGAGCUCGUCACCAAGUUUCUCUGCAUCGCCCACAUUAGCAUCAACAGGCUUUGGCAAUUCAGGAGGCGUUAGUGGUGGUUCCAAUAGUAAUAUCAAUAUCGGAGGCAGUGCUAGUUCAACUGGGAUGUUGUCUAGUAGCAAUGGCUUAGGUUUAGGCCUUACAUCCUCAAGCUCAACCUCGUCCAUUCGCCGGGAAACCUACGUGAUUCUCCCAUUCGUGAAAGAGGCAGCAGCCAGGAUCAUUAAGCUUCAACAAGAAUCAGCAGGCUACCAUGCGUCCGAAAACUUAAUGACUUUUACCGAAUUUCGACAAAGGUUUUCCCGGACAGCGCUCUUGCCUCUCCAGAGGAAGCUUUCUAGAGACGAAACCACGGGUGCAGGAUCCGUCCUUGUACUCACGGACAGGGAUCUCGAGAUUGUCAUGCGAUAUAUGCAGUUUGAAAUGAAAGUUCUCAUCACAGGAAAACUUGAUGUCAGUAAACAUGACAAUGAAGUACAAGAACACGAAAUGGUCAUCAAAUUUGCAACAAAGGAUAUUAUUCGGAACAAAUCCAAACAAGAGAUUACGGCAGCUGAUCGCGGUAUUAUUGAGCUACGCGAGACAUGCAAGCGACUAGAUACUCAAGUUCAGGAUAUCGAGGCUCGAAUUAUAGAGCUAACUGAAAAGGCGAGAUCUUGCGUCAGGAAGAAUCAAAGGUCACAAGCAGCUUUUGCUCUGCGCCAGCGCAAGAACCUGGACGAUGUUCUGAACAAACGAAUCAAGUCGCUCGACACUAUUUCAUCAAUAUUGUUCAGGAUUCAAUCCUCAGAAACGGAUGCUGAAGUUCUACAGUCAUAUAGACUAGGUGCUAGUACUCUGGAAUCAGUUAUGGCGUCCAAAGACCAAAAUGGACGACAGUUGCUCAGCAGAGACAAUGUCGAGUCUACCAUGGAUCGUCUUGCCGAUGUCUUUGCAGAUCAGGAAGAAGUGGACCAAGCAAUGAAUGAGGGAACUGAAGUAUUACUUCAGAGUACAGCAUCUAAUGGUAUGGACGAGGACGAAUUGAUGGCAGAGCUGGAUGCAUUGAUGGAGCAAAAGACUACGCCUGAAACUGCUAAGGAUACAAAGAAUACGGCAGAGGCUCUUAAGCAUGUCAAUUCUGAAGUGUUGGUGCCAACAAGCAGUACAUCUCCUCCUAUUCCAGCAAGUGAGUUCAUGCCAACCUCGCCAUCGCGUGCACACAGCUCCAGUUCCAUACCUACUCCAGGCAAACGUGUUGCCGAAGUACCGGAACAAGCCUUUGUUAAACAGCGCAAAGUUAGUCAGUCAAGGGUGCACUCGCAGCGUAGGGACAGCAACGAUCACAAUGUUAUUUCCACUGAAGAUCAACCUAGUAUUUCUGUAACAGAUAACGCUGGUGCGGAAUAUGUAGCAGCUGGAUCGCCACAUGAUAUUAAGCAUUCGGAACAAGAGCCAAGUGCAUCUUCGAGGAUGGAGACUGACCACGCGCACGCGUCUGACUCGGUUACAGGCCAGCUACAACGACCAAUAUUAAGCCAAGUUGCUUCCGAAGGUUUGUCGACGCAAGAGGAACGUGAUUUGGAUGCAAUGUUGAGCGAGCUAGAGAACAUUAAGGCGCCUGAAGAGGACAUCCAGAUGGAGAAACCGCUUUCCAGUACUGAGAAUAAGACCACUGGAAAGGAGCCACUGAAGAAGACAAACCAAGAGAGAAGGGUGAUGGAGUAUAGUUAG